AUGCAUGAAAAAGAACAACUUCAUGAUGAGGAAAAGACAGGCAGUGACGCCUUACAACAGGCUGGAGAAGUACUUGGCCAGAGUGCUCAAAGUGCAAUGGAUGUUGAAGUUCUUUGCAUGGAUCAUUUAAGAAAAAGUAGUGAUCCUAGAGACUCCUCUUCUGAAGCUGCAACUCUAUGUAAACCAGGAAAAACCCAUGCAUUGAUAAAAGAUGAAGCUCAAGUUUUAUCAAGUGCUGAUCUUAAAGCAACAGAAAUCCCUCAUUUAGGCAGAUCACUUCCUUAUUUGGACUUGUCUGUUAUCCCCACUGAUUCAUGUGGCACUGUGGAAUGCAAUGUUGACUUAAACUUGAGUUCUCAGAAGCAACCUGACCAGGUUGCGCCAAAAACUAUGUGGGACUCCUUGGAUUCUACUAGCAGAAAUAAUGCCACUGUAUUGCAUGAACUGUCUCUUCCAGAAAUGUCAGCUGCGAGAAUUGAAAGAGUAGAAACUCAUGCUUCAUGGUUACACAAAGAUGCAUUUGAAUUUUUAGAAGUUGGUGACAGCUGCAAAGAUGAUGAUAAAGUUAGUCCUCUAUUUUCCAAGGAAAUUAAACCAAAAAACCAGUGUCUGCAGCCAUUUUCAGAAGAAAAAACCAGUGACAUUUUUCGACCAGUGACAACACAGCCUGUGGCGGCAGCUUCUAUAGCUACAGAACAAAGAAAAAUUCUUCAGUUGGGAGGCAAAAAUAAUCAACAAGAACAAGAAUCUCCUCUGUUACUAGGUGUAUCCUUAUCAGAAAACCAACUGCAGGAUGUGCAACCAAUACCUGCUUCAGUGCAUUUCCCUUCUUGAACUCUGUCAUUGAAACCAGAGAAUUUAUCCGAGAUGCAGCACUCUAGUCUUCCUCGAGCCAUUUAUCAUCAGUAUUGAGACACAAGCUUAUGCAUGAUAGUAUUGUAAGCCGAGCAAGAGCUUUCAAUGAAAGGAGUAGUUUUCAUGACAAAUAUAAGCCGUAUAGUACCAUGUGGUUUGAAGAGGAGUUGGAUUUUCUUUGGAUAGGUGUGAGGAGACAUGGAAGGGACAAUUGGGAUGCUGUGUUAAGGGAUCCAACAUUGCACUUCUCGUCAUGGAGGGUGGAAGAGACUUAGCUGAGCGGUGGGAAGAGGAACAGUCAACACUUUUGAGUGGCAUGUGUGUUCCUUAAUUCAAGUACUCAAUAGCACAAGGCAGUUCUUUGGACUACCACUACUUCUUGGGUCCAAAAACAGGAAUCUGGAAAGAAAAUAUAGGAGAUGAACCCGGACUUUCAUUUGGCAAUGUUGAUGCGGGUAGAGGAGGUAAUGGUUGGAGGAGGCCAUUAUUCCAGCCGGCUUAUGUUUGCAAUAAUGACAAUGAACACCUCCAUAGGCCUAUUAGUUACACAAAGAGGACAUCUCAUUUUCAUUUCCGAAGGGAGAAGUAUGACGAGGAUGAAUUUAGUAUUUUAAGUAGAAGUAGGAGUAUGGCAAAGGGCCAUUUAC